AUGCGUGCCAUAAUAAGAGCUGAACAAGCAAAUGAAUUGGAUGCACCCCCUCAAGGAGAUGAUGAACCAGAUAUUCAUCAAAUUGUUCAGCAGCUUAUUAUUGAUUUUAAUGCUCAACAAGAGCUUUUGGCUCAGCAAGCAGCAGCUCAGCAAGCGGAAGUUGAUGCCCCACAAGCACCAAUUCAAAUUCAAGAAGUUCAACGCAAUCGACCAUUGAAUGCUGUUCCAGAUGUUCCACAACCAGAACGUAUUCCACCAGCCGUAUAUCCACAGCCACCUGCAUAUGCAGGAUAUCCUCCAGCUCAACCUGCUAUUGAACAUAAUAUAGAUGGAGGAGAGAAUAAUGCAGCAAGAGGAAGAGGACAAAGAAGUUAA